AGGAUGGUGGUGAAGUCUGAGGAUGGCCGAAAACUACGCUCCUUCACUUUCAAACAAGAGGAUAAAAGCCAAGAUGUGCAAGCUGUGGAAAGGCGAGUACUUUUGGAAACUUUAGCUGGCCAACUACCCCAGGAUGUGAUUCAGUUUUCUUCAAAGCUAGCAAUGAUUAAAUCAAAUCCAGAUGGGAAAACCUUAUUGGAACUUGCAGAUGGGUCUAAGCUUCUUGCAAAGAUUUUGAUAAGUUGUGAUGUGAUUCGAUCACCAAUAGCAAAGUGGAUGGGAUUUCCUGAGGCAAAUUACGUUGGUUACUAUGAUUUUUGUGGACUUGCUUCUUAUUCAGAAGGACAGCCUUAUGGACCAAGAGUAAAUUAUAUCUAUGGUAGAGGGGUGCAUGCAGGAUAUGUUCAUGUUUCUCCAACAAAAAUUUACUGGUUUAUCUGCUUCAACAGUUCAUCUCCAGGUCCUAAAUGA